AUGUCCGAUAGACCUUUCCACAGAGGCGGCCGCGGUGGCGGUGACCGAGGAGGAGGCAGCGGCGGCUACCGAGGCGGACGUGGAGGCGGUCGAGGCGGAGGAGCUGGCGGUGGUGCAUCUGGAGCCGGCGGUGCUCAGACGGAGAGGCCCAAGAAGGAGAACAUCCUGGACCUGGCCAAGUACAUGGACAAGGCCAUCAUCGUCAAGUUCAACGGCGGCCGAGAAGUCCGCGGCACGCUCAAGGGCUAUGAUGCGCUCAUGAACCUCGUCCUCGACGAAGUCCAAGAAACCCUCCGAGAUGACCAAGGCAACGAGACAACGCGAUCACUGGGCCUUGUCGUCGUCCGCGGGACGCUUCUAGUCCUCAUCAGCCCGGCGGAUGGCAGCGAAGAAAUCCCAAACCCUUUUGGUGCCCCAGCAGACGAGUAA